UUUGGUUAGUUUUCGAGGUGUCUGGAAGCAUUGCUAUUGACGCAGACAGUGGUUGCUCUGUUGCUUUCCUUAACAUGAGACGACUCCGCCCACUCGCCAACCACCAUAACCGUGUUGGCAACUCGGUGUGUGUACAGUGAGAGCAAGCUAUGAUACAUCCCAAGUGUUGAAUGUUUGGGUGAUAUUUUUUUAUAUAUAUUCUCUUGAAAACAAAUACAAAACGUCUUACACGACAACUCUGGAUCGUAUACUGUUCCUGACCUAAAGAUGUGAUAUCGGAAACAUAUAGACUUAAACUAGAAAUAUGUGAUAAGGGCUGAGAAGGCCAGUGGAGUUACACAAGCUGACAUAGUAUCUAACAAGAGGAAGGACGAAAAAUAGAUAUUAACCAGGCACUGAAAGGCGAGAGAAUAGAGCAUGUUGAAUGGUGGAGAUACAGGAAAUACAGCCAACACGGAGAAGACGAUAGUUGACGAUAGCCUCAACACGUACGACUUCAAUAAUCACCAAAACGGAAAGUACACGGCGGCAGCAGUCCCCGACACAGAACAGAAAAUUGACAGUAUGAAUAGAAGUGAUAUGAAGAAGAGGGAAGAAAAGCUAAAAGACGAAGAAGAGACUCGGGAAGAAGCACACGUGAACGAGGCCAGUAUAGGAGCAAUUAACCCCAGCAUGGAACAAAGUGAUCAGAGCAUAAUGAUGAAUUACUACGGUGAUGAGGAUGAGAGGGAGGACCAGCCUGACGGUGAUCAAGACACUGGCCAUGAGGAGAAUCCCGACGUAAAUUCUGACACUACACACGAGGGGGAAGAACUACCUAAUAAAUCUUCGGUGUGGUACAAGACAUGGAAGUUUUGGCGCCUGUAUCUCGGGUUUGUUUUGGUCACGGCGAUUGUGGGACUCGGCGUGGCAAUAGGGUGCUCCCUGGACGUUGUGCAUCAGAUGGGAUUUACGUCUACCGGAAUUGCUAAAAAUAGCUACGCUUCCAGGCUGAUGUCAUCCACUUCCCACAGUAACCAUGGAGUCGUCCCUCACGAGAGUUGGGUAGCGUGGCUGCAGAAUGUUGGCCGCAGGGGUUUCGUCCCUAUACACAAAUUUAAUAUCGGACUGUUGGGGGCACUGGCAGGGGCUGUGGUAGGGACAAUGCUAUUUUGCAUAGCGAUGUACCUUUAUUACAUGAUGCGUCGCCUCAAAAAGAAAGUGAAGGAGUAUCGUAUGGCCAGCGAUGGUGUCCCCUUAAUACCUGAACGUUAAUGAAGAGACUAUACAGCAUACAAGCCAGACAGCGUGGAAAGCACAUACCAGUAGUUCAUUCACUCUUUAUACUUGUUUUAUGAAGCAUAUUGUGAUGAAUAUAUGACAGCCAUGAACCCAGUAUAAGGUGUUACAAUCAAGCAUUUUCCCUGUGUUCCUAUGUUAAUAAAAGUCUUGUCUGCUUUUUCCCAGAGUUGCCAUUAUAUCACUUAAAUCUCUUGUUACGUAUGCAUUUAUGUCUAUAUAUAUAGAGGUGGUUUGCCCCAUCAGGCUGCUUACUUUAUAUUAACCUUACAUCUCAAGGUCUAGUACAGUUGUGUGCCAGUUUGUUUAUUAACCCGGGAGCGAGAAGAGAUUUGCAGAUGAAGACAAAAGAAGCUGUAGGUUUUUGUAACUAUAUUUAUAAUGUAACAUGUUUGAGAUACAUUAUGUAGUACAGUAUGUAUUCAGGGAGGGUUACAGUAUAUCUGGUAAUAUAAACUGUAAUUUCGGAACAGCAAUAUGUUUACAGUACAGUACCAGUUUCUUCAGGUAGGUAUCAAGAUUUGUCCAGAUAAUUGUUAAGUGUUUUAUUGAGUAUUGAAAUAACCUGAAGAAUAGACACCCCAGCUUAUUUCACCUAAAGAUUAACCUAGGGGGCAAUGAGGUGUAAUAAGCUAUGGUGUCUAAUGUUCAGGUGAUUAAAAUAAUAUCUUACUUGUUUAAUUUAUUCACACUGUUGUAAUGUUCUUGGUGUUGUGAUAUAUUUAUGGACCAACACAGCCAACACAUGAAGUUUAGCCCUCCCACCCCAGCUUAAUUCACCACGAGAUUAACCAGCUUAACCUUAAGAUAAGCUACAAUAACCCAACCUAAAUUAUAAACAAACCUGCCCCCCCACCCCCC